UUCUCAUUGGCUGGACUUCUUUAAGACUUUCACUUACUCAUCAUCUCUCUCUUCCUCUCUCCUUUUUUAAGCCUUCUCCGUCACCUGCAACCUUGUUCCUCCUAUACCAAAACACUUUCAUUUUUCGAAAGAAAGGUGGAAAGUACAGAAAUCCCCAUAUUCAGUGACUGAACUUUGCUGUUUUUAUGUUUCUUGCGUUCUUCUGUUUUUUUGUCCUUAAUCCACUUUCUUGGCAAUCAUUAUCCUUUCUUGUUGUGUUCAGUGAUUGUACUUGGCUGAAAGAAAAAGUGAGAGCCUUUUCACGCUCUUUACGUUUCUUAUAUUUGAGGAUUGCUAGUGAUUUUCACACAUACAUAUGCAUGAUUAACUGGAUACAGGCAUAUUCUCUUCUGGAGUUGUGUGAGAUCUGAUUAUGCGCCAUCAAAUUCUUCAUUCUUGUGUAGAAUUUGAGAUGCGAUUUUCUUGAUUUUUUUUGUAUAAUUAGAGAAAGUCAGACAAAAAUUUCCUUCUUCUCUUACUCUGUGCCUAAAUUUGUUAGUCCAGAAUUGAUGGAUUUUCAGCGCAGCAAUCAGCACCAACAGAUGAGUGGUGGUUUGACUCGUUAUCGUUCUGCACCUAGUUCAUACUUUUCUAGCUUUUUCGAUGCUGCUGCUGAUAUCAUUCCUAGGAGUGGCGGUGGCUUUGGAGGAGAUGAUCUUGAUCACUUUCUCAAUCGAUUUAUGCCUAGUAAUCGGGUUAAUGCUCAGGCACAGGACUCAAAUUCCAAUAAUAGUUUUGCUAAUAGCAUGAAUAUGCAGCAGUCUCAAUCUCAGUUUGUGGCAUCAAUGAAACAAGAGGCAGAGGUUAUGCAGCAGCCAGAGCAACUGCAGCAGCUACAGCAGACAAAUCAGAAUGAUUAUUCUCAGAUUUCGCAGCAGAUGAUGUAUCAAAGCCAGGCUCAAGUACAACAGAAUACUAAUAAUACCCAGUUGUCGAACGCAUCUGCUGGGGAUAACUCGUACAGAUUGCUGAGCUCUGUAAAUUCCAACCGAUUGACACCAACGAAGAUUGAGAGUGGUGGUGGUAUUUCAAAUCUGAUUCGUUAUAAUAGUUCACCGGCUGGAUUAUUUGCCAACAUUAACAUAGAAAAUGAGCAUGGUGCAAUGAGAGGCAUGGGGAAUUUUGGAGCUGGUAAUAAUGCUAAUGCAGAAGCAUCAUUUUCUUCUGCAAGCAGGUUCAAAAGUCAAAUGGAUUUUUCAUCAGCUCAAGCAACUUCUUCUGGCCUUAUGUCUCCCAUAUCCGAAAUUGACAGUACAGGCAUGGGAGACAACAAUCUUGGAGACAAAAAAUUUGGGGAAGGUCAAAGAAAUGAUUCUGGUUAUAUAACAGGAUUUCCAGUUACUUCUUGGGAUGAUUCAGCUUUGUUGUCUGAUAGUUUCUUGAAAGGCCUUGGAGAUGAUGAUGAUGAUAGCAAGACACUGUCCAAUGCAGUUGCAUCAGAAAACCAGAACAAUGAAGGUCGAAAUCGUCCUUCCACUCUAUUGGCUCAUCACUUGAGUUUGCCAAAUACUUCUGAUGAGUUGUCUGCUAUUGAGACACUAAUGCAAGAUUCGGUACUUUGCAAACUUCGAGCAAAGAGGGGCUGCGCAACUCAUCCACGGAGCAUUGCUGAAAGGGUAAGAAGAACCAAAAUAAGUGAACGGAUGAGAAAGCUGCAAGAGCUUGUUCCCAAUAUGGACAAGCAAACAAACACGGCAGAUAUGUUGGAUUUAGCUGUUGAAUACAUUAAAGAUCUUCAAAAGCAAGUCAAGACGUUAUCAGAUAAUCGUGCGAAGUGUACAUGCUUCAACCAAAAAAGUUGUGGAUCAGAAGGCUCAAUGUAGGACAUGCCUCCUUUCUGCAGUUUAAAGGAAAAUUGAUAAGUAGUUGGUGAUGGAGACUGGAAAAGCAAAAAGUUAGAUUCUGUUUUGAUUUAAGUAGAAGGGAAGAAUUCACCCAAAAAAGAAAAUGAAGAAGAAGAGAAGAAUCAUUUGCGUUCUGGGAACAUGGAAGAGAAGCUUUGACUGUAUUCAAAGCUGUACAUAGAAUAGUUUAUGAGAACUUUUGGCUUGUACUUUUGCUUGAUUAACUUAUCUAAUCAACAUAUUUUUAUUAGUUCUUGAAAAGGACUGUUGUAUACAUCUCUAGUGUUUGCUGAUUCGAUUCAGUUUCACUUUCUGGGAAUGGUGAUCAUUUCUUGUCA